UGUGUAGUUGCGGUACUGCUGGAGGGUCGAAGGGAGUGCACCCAAUAGGAUUGCCAUUCAUCCAACGGGGCGGUAGUGAGAACCACUUCCAAGACCACCGACGUUAGUUAGUAGACGACAACGGAUGGACUGCAUCGAGCGCCACCGCUUACUCCAGUCAGAAGACAAGAAGAUUUACAACCGGUUAGCUGUCUUUACAUCAUGUCAUAGUUAGAUAAGUCUUUUGGCAUUUAACAACAUAAUUGAUCCAAAUUCAAUUGCACGAUAGCAGUCAAAGGAAGAAUUUGUUUAUUAAACAAAACAAUAAAAGUUGCCGUUCAUAAUUAGCAGAAUGAGGUUCUCGAUAUCUAUACAUCUGUUGAUUUGUAUGUUAGUAUACUUACAAUCGUAUAGCAGAGGAUUACAACAGCCCUGUAAUACUUCAAAAUCAGAUUCUGGUUCUCAGUGGAAUGAAGAGUUCGUCUGUAAAGACGGUUCAGAUAUAAACACAACAAACUGGUACCAAAAUCUCAAAAUCGAAGAAAUAGAAGAAGAAAUUAAAUCUGUUGUCAAAAACUUUGAAUAUGAAGAUAAUUUUGUCGAGGAUUUACUAAUGGCUAAUAAUAUUCAUAUUAUAUAUGCGGCGAACCCAAUUCGUGGACAACUGGUUGAUUCUCGGUUUUUCAAUGACAGAUAUCCAGCAUAUCGAAAUGCUGAACUAAUUGUUGAAGUUUCACGCCUUAUUAACGAUAAAUAUUGUCGAAUAUACAAUACUAGUGCUAUACAAUGUGCCAAAGAAUUAACGAAAGUAAAACUAGAGAGGACAUCUUUGGAUAAGAUAUGUUUGUCCGAGUAUUACAACAAAACUGCGUGCAUCGGGAAAAACUUGAUGUAUCGUAGUGCUGAUGGUUCUUGUAACAACUUAAAACGUUCCUCAUUGGGAAAGUCAACCACGGCUUAUAAGCGAUUAUUACCCCCAGUCUAUUUAGAUGGUGUUAACACGGUUAGAACUAAAGGUCUACCCAUUCCUAGAGAUAUAAGCAUUGCGCCUUCCACAAAUUUACGCUUUACCGACCCCUUAAAAACUAUUGCGAUGGCGUACUGGACGGUUUUUAUAGGCCACGAUCUAUCGCACACAGCUAUGUCCAACAUGAGGAAAUCAAAAAAAGUGGUGAACUGUUGUUUUGAAAGGAACGCUACGAAGUUACCUUCUUCGCUGAGUCACAAAUUGUGCAUGCCUAUAGAGAUAAGGAAUACUGAUCCAUUUUAUAGAAAUUUCAUAAAGUACAAUUCAAAUUAUAAACACUGUAUGAACUACGUGCGUUCAGUGCCAGCGAUGCGUCCAGAUUGUACAUUUGGACCCAGGGAACAAAUGAACCAAGCUACUCAUUAUUUAGAUGGGUCUAUGAUUUACGGUUCGUCGGAGCAACAGAUGUGGUCGUUGAGGGCCAAGUCGAAAGGCCAACUCUUGACGCACUCAACCUGCAAAAAUCAAAGCGAUCCGAAGUAUAUGCCGCUGGAUUAUGAUCCGGAGGCGUGUCAGUUUGGCUCGGGCACGUGCUACAUGGCUGGUGACCCCCGGGCAAGCGGGCUUCCCCAACUGACGGUUUUACAUACACUGUGGAUGAGAGAACAUAACCGCUUGGCCAAACAGCUGUCCCAUAUCAACCCACACUGGGGUGAUGAACGCAUUUUCCAGGAAGCCAGAAAAAUUGUGACAGCAUCCAUACAGCACAUCACGUACGCUGAGUGGCUGCCAGCGCUGCUCGGUGAAAACUACACUAGGCAAAACGGUCUGGAACUGUUGACAAAAGGGUAUAGCGACGCGUACAACGAUUCCAUCGAUCCGAGCGUCAGCAAUAGUUUCGCGACUGCGAUAUUACCAUUUAGCAAUUCCAUGAUCAGUGAUAAAAUCAACUUAUUCUCAGAAAACCGAUUAAAGAAUGGGGAUCUUGAUUUGAAUAAUCAUUACAACCAACCAAUUGACGUAAUGAGACGUUUCUUUGAUCAACUUGUAAGAGGAUUAUCUACACAGAAUACAUUCGAAAUCCAUGUGGGAAUAAGUCCACAGUUAACCAAUUACUUAUUCAAGCAUCGUCCAAGAAAACAAUAUGAUAAUGAAGGAUUCGAUGUAUUUAGCUUAGAUAUACAACGAAGCCGCGAUCACGGUCUUCCAACCUAUACGCAAUUUAGAAAAUAUUGUGGGCUCAAAGCCAUAGAAAAUGAGGAAGAUUGGUCAGGGAUUAUUAAGCCAAUUAAUGCAACGGAUAAAUUGAAGUAUUACAGAACUUGGAACGAUAUAGAUCUAUUCAUAGGUGCAUUGUUUGAGAAACAUGAAGAUGGCUCAAUGGUUGGCCCAACAAUGAGUUGUAUCAUAAAAGAACAGUUCAUAAGAACUAGAAUUGCAGAUAGAUAUUUUUACGAUUUACCAAAAGUAUUCAACGAAUAUCAACUGGCAGAAAUCAGAAAAGUGACGCUUGCCAGAGUAUUUUGUGAUAAUAGUGAUAAUAUCACAACCAUGCAGAAACAAGUAUUUUUUAAACCUUCAACUUAUGAUUUACAACUUUGUAAUUCAAACUCAAUUCCAAAAAUUAAUCUCAAUCAUUGGUUUGAGAAUGUCGAUACAACAUGAAAAUAACCACAUGGAAAACAUUGAUAUAUUUAUUAAUUUAUUAUUAUAAGUUUUAAUAUUUAAGAAUCAUUAAACAUUCAUUGACCAUUAUUAAAAAACUGG